CAUACUUGGAAUCUCUCUACCACGCAACGAAGAUCCUCCUUUUCUAUUUUAUCACAGUUCCUUUCAUAUAUAUAAUAUGGAAGAGGCAAAGCUCUGUCUGAGCCUAAACCAUGGAUGACAACAAGUUUCCCAAUGUAAAAGAGGUCUAUGGAACUGUGGCCAGAAAUUACGCAGAGUUCAGGCCCCGAUAUCCCUCUCAACUUUUCUCCCUUCUUUCUUCCCUCACUCCACAACAUCAUCUGGCAUGGGAUGUGGGCACAGGCACUGGCCAAGCCGCCAUUGAGUUAUCAAAGUACUAUGCGAGAGUGGUGGGCACAGACACCAGUGAGCGGCAAAUACAACACGCAGAGCAGCGCCCCAACAUAAGCUACGCCGUCACGCCGCCAUCAAUGACCGACCAACAACUUCACUCCAUCGUCGGCCCCGAUUACUCCGUUGACCUGGUCACCGUCGCCAUGGCCGUUCACUGGUUUGACUUGGAUAAAUUUUACGCGCAGGUAAAGCGCGUGUUGAAGAAGCCUGGCGGCGUGAUUGCCGUGUGGGCGUACUGUAAACCCAGAGUUGAUCCAGCAGUGGACGCCGUUCAUGAGCGGUUUUUUAGCAGAAUUUUUCCGUUUUCCCAUCCCGCUGCGAAAGUGGUGGUGGAGGAGUAUGAGACUUUGCCGUUUCCGUUCGCACAGGUGGAGGGAAUAAAAAUGGAGAUUGAAGAGCAGAGGACGUUUGAUGAGUAUAUGGGGUUUUUCAGAACGAGGCAUACUUUGGUGGGGAGGGAAGAAAUCUUGGAGGAGUUUCGGGCAGAAUUUGAGGCAGCUUGGGGAGCGGAGCUCCAUGUGAGCAAGGCUGUAAAGUUUCCACUCUGUUUUAAGGUUGGUAAGGUUUGAAAAUUCUGUAGUAGACGGUGGAUGAUUCAAGGUAACCUGUGAGCUUUACUACUGCAGUUCAUUUUAAGUGUUUUAUUACAUGUCAAUCUUAUGGUUUGGUGAUGUCCCUUUGGGUAGUAUUAGGCUUUAAAAAUCUUAGUGACAGUGAGAUGGCUGUCUGUUUCCUGAAAUAAUAAUAAAGGUGGUGCAAGUUUCUUCUUUAUUUUUCCUCGCAGUGGGAAUAUAGUUGAAUUCAGUGUAUAUUCAUUGCUUCAGAUUUUCAGAUUUUUAUUUGUCUCAGCAUCAGGCUUUUGGAUUUGGAGGU